AUGGCCCCUCUUUCCCCUGAACAGAGGGACAGGUGGCUGACCAGCGUCUCGCUACCUCGCCAGGGCAUCGUUCCCCCUUCAACCGGCUCGCCGACAUUUUCUCACCGCAGCCAGAGCUGUGUUAUUGUUUGGGCUGUCCUGGCUGCCCCGAGUGGUAUCUGGUGCACGCGGCCGCAUAUUCGGCGGCCCGCUAACGUCUGCUCGCCAAGUUGGUGCCCCGCCAUCCUGAGGACAGCCCAGGAGCAGUCGAGCGCUGCCACUGGCGCCCACAGCCAUCGAGACGAUCGCGAGGACGUUUGCCAAAGUGCGUUUCAGAACCGGUCGCCUCUGGGACACAUCUUGACUUAUUUACACCCCCACACUACGAGCACCGCAUCGGCCGGAAACCCGACCUGCAAUCGUUGUUGGGCCCGUUUGGUUCCCGGCAUGGCAUCCCGGCUGGGCGAGCCUAGCCCCACCUUCGGGGUGCCGGACCAUUACGCCUUCUCACCGCAGCAGCCUUUACCCCAGACGCUGUACGCAGCUGCUGCCUCACCGAUGCGCUGCUUCGAGGCAGGGCGGCCUCCGCCAGGGCGGCCAAGCUCGACAGGCGUGACGCAAACGCGCUCCCUGCAGUGCACGCCCGAAAGCUCAUCAUAA